CAGGAUUAAAGUAGCCUGAUUCAGCCGUUUGUAGCGCCGGAAAUCAUGCAUGUCUUUGUCUCGUGUAACAUCACCCAUGCAGCACGCAAACAGCUGUGCAAAAAGCACAUUCCCAUCUCGUAUCUCGGGCGGGGCGCGUUCAACAGCGUUGGCCUACAGUACCAAGCCAGAGUGGAGUCACCUGUGAUCAGGCGAACGAUGCCCCUCACUCACUCACGAUGGCUGCCCGAUGAGGCUGACCGCUAAGAGCAGCCAUUCCUCGUGCAUCUAUAUGAAUGGUAAAAACUCUGACUUUGCUGAUGACGCGAGCACACACCCAUUUAUUGAGUAGUAUCGAUCCCUUGCAUUGUAUCCGAAUUCUGCAUCACUUCGAUGGCCAGUGCGUAGACUAUUCGAAAGCUACAUGAGCUGUUGUGUUGACACAGUGAAACACUUCUCAAAACGACCCUUGGCAAACUUUCUCCGCGGUCUUGUAAGUUCAAAAUAUGACAGCAAGCUCCAAAAAAUCAUGGUGCAGAUCGCAGAUAAUGAGAGAGCGUUUCUCCGGGACAUCGAACAGACCCCACGCGAAGCGGAUACAGCUCGCGCUCUGGAUAAUGCUCAGAGACUCGGUGCGAUUUCGACAACCCUAGGAGUGCCUGCUCUGAUGGAGCCAGCUGCUCAAUAUCAGAUCCGGUUCCCCGUCACCACCGUGACAAUGAGGCAGAAUGCAAUCUUCACGGGGCGAGAUACAGACAUAGUGACAAUCCAUAACAUUUUAGAUCCUUCGAAGCGAAGUCCGUCACUCUCUCCUCUCUGUGUCGUGGUGCAUGGACUCGGGGGCCAAGGUAAGUCUCAACUUGCCCUUGAAUACACCUACAGACACCGUCAGAGCUACGACGGGAUAUUCUGGUUGAGUUCAGGAACCGAAAACGGACUUGAGAUCUCGUUCGCAGAGAUUGCUAGAAAGGUACGACGAGCUGAGAAUGGAGGCAGAGAAAUUAGAGCUACCAGCCCCGAAGGGGAAUUAGCUUCCGACAUUGAGUAUGCGCGAGAUUGGCUGGAGGGCACGAACCGUCGAUGGCUACUCAUCUUUGAUAACCUCGAGGACGCUGAUCUUGUUGAUAAAUUUUUCCCAGUCAAUCUAGCUGGGCAUGGAUCUAUCAUAGUUACUACACAAAAGGCGCACAUGUCACCAUUGACGAACGACUUCAAAAAGAUGCCUCUAAGCCCUUUGAUUUCCGAUAGUGGUUCAGAUUUGCUCUUCAGAAUCCUAGACAGAGGCCCCAAGGACGACUCGGAGGAGAUUGUGAUGCAUGAAAUCUCAACAUGGGUGGGGGGCCUUCCACUAGCUCUUGUCACCCUUGGAGGCUACAUGAAGGUCUCAGAAUCUAGUCCUACAGAACUGUUCGAAAGUUUGAAAAGAUCAUCAAACAGUUGGGUAAGCUCUGGAGAAGGCACUGUCCGGAAUUAUGACAAAACCCUAGCUACGGUAUUUGACAUUGCCUUGGGAGAGUUGAGUGAGAACGCCAGACAUCUUGUUGAUAUUCUGGCGUACCUCAAUCCAGAUCCCGCCGAGAAACACUGCCCGCGGGGUCUCACCUCGCAAUUCGCCGGUCGCUCCAAAUGA